AUGGCACUAUUAGCAGGAAUACUGGGUGGAGUUUUUGGUAUUGGAGGUGGAAUGCUCAUCAGUCCACUUCUUCUUCAUGUAACUGCAGCAACUUGUUCCUUCAUGAUCUUCUUUUCAUCUACCAUGUCUGCAUUUCAAUGCUUACUUUCCAGCAUGGAGCAAGCAGACACCGUCCUUAUCUUUGCAGCGAUAUGCUUUGUUGCUUCGCUUCUCGGAUUGAUGGUAGUAAAAAGAACUAUAAAAGAAUAUGGCAGGGCUUCUAUGAUUGUGUUCUUAGUUGGUAUUGUGAUGGCAUUGCGUACGGUUCUCAUAACCAGCUUUGAAUCCAUUGACGUGUGGAGAGAGUAUAAAUCGGGCAAAAACAUAGGCUUUAAAUUUCCCUGUUGA